AUGGAGACGAAGGAGGAGCAACGAAAAUUCAUUGAGAUACAAAGAUUUGCUAUGAUGCUCUUUGUUGAGAAAUCCAUGAGCAAUGAGCAAAUAGGUAUCGAGCUCCAUAAUGUAGAACGAGAUGAGAAGAAAUGUGGACCGAUUGAGGAUAGUUAUCUUUGGGGUUCUGAAUAUAGGUUGGGGAUGCAGCUUGAGGAGUGUGGGUUGAGGGUUAUGGGCUUUUCGGAGUUUUGUGUUAGGAUGGUUAUGAGGUUUGUGGGUGGGAAGCAGGAUGUUGCUGUGGGAUUGAUGGCGCAUGAGGAAUAG